AUGGAUAUAAACGAAAAGAAAACAUCUGAAGCCGUCCACGCCAGUUCAGAAGAGUUAGGCAAUAGAAAUGCCACUGAAGAAGAAGAGCAGCCUAACCAAGAGUACACAUCUAUAUUUUUCAACAGAUUUGGAAAAAUAGCCAGUAGACCACCUUACAUCCAGUUUAGCAUUAGCACCGCGCACAUAAAAAAAGAGCUGGAAGAACUAGAGAAAGAUAAAAAUGUAGACGAACACAUGCUCUUUGGAACACUGCACAGCUUAGUCUCUAAACACACAGAAGUAACAGUAGAUAGCAGUGUGGAUGAGCUGCAGGCGUCUUUAUUAUCUGAUAUAGCGACUCUUGUAUUAGAAGAGGCCGUUAUCGCCUACACAUAUGACAAGAACAAGCAUCUGUACCAAGGAUUCAGCUACUCUGCAAGAAAAGAAAAAAUCGUGCAUGCAUUGAGAGAGGCUGUGAAUGUUAUGGAGCAGAAGUGUUUCUCAAAAAAGGUAGAGAAAAGAAUCAACGCGUGGUACGAAUAUAUUAUAGGUCUGAACAAAUUAGACACUGUUUCCUAUCUUAUCCACACACGAGACUUCUUCAAUGAGAGAGCAUGCUGGGUGACUGUUAUAUACAAGCCACUGAAGGACCACUUAAGAAAGUUUGUCAACUUCUUGGAAGACAGACACCGCAUAACCCGAGAGAAAAAUCUGUUUAAAAAGCACGAUAACGGAACGUACAACAUAGACUAUGCGAUAAAUCUGCUUCUGAAGUACAGGAAAUACAUCCAAAACUACCCCACCGACCCUGAGCUGCAGAAAAAGGACGAAAUGCCAGAAAAUGACAAAAACCUUCUUGCUGCGCUGGACAAGCUGUGGCAUCUUGUUGCUGAGAUAUAUAACAAUGUGCACAUUCUCACUGAUGUAGAAAAGAAGUACGUGGAUCGGGCUUAUCUGGUAGAUUACUUUAACAACGGACCAGAGAAAGGAAAAGAUGCCAUUGCAGACCCCAUGAAGUACGAGUACAAAGAAAUACCAACUAGAAAAGACGUGGCAAAUACACUGAAAACAAAACCCUACAGAAACAGCACAAAAGAGUACAUUUUAAACAAAAUUGAAAGCUUCAGAGACCUUGUCAAGACAGGAAGUGGAAAAAAGACAAUAGUUGAUAGAAUAAACAUUACAACAAUUGUGGGCGGUCUGUUUAUCUGUGCUAUAGCAUCUACUUCUGUGCUGGCUUCACAGAUAGUAUAG